AUGGUAAAAGAUUUGGAGCUGUGGUAUGCAUUGAUGGAAAUGUGUCAAAGCCUCUUCGACGGCGAGACGACGUACAACCUGACGGACGUCAACGCGAUGCGCGGGCGCAUCGGCAAGCUGGCCGAGGGCAUUGACCUGCUGAGCAAGCAGAUCGCCGCCCACCCCGCCGCCCCCGCCACCCGCCAGGCGCGGUUGCAAAACUCUAUUAGGCAGGCGGCAGCUCACUAUAUUAAGGAGGAGCUCCUUUCCCUCCGCAAGCUUCCAACCGAAGCCCAAGUGGAGCAAGUCCGCCGUCAGCGCUACGAGAGAGCCGAGCGGCAGAUACAAAUGGAGCGCGAGCGAAUGGCGCGUGAACCAGUUUUGGAGGCGGGACCUAGCUCGGGGGCGGAUAACAACCAACACGACGACGAUGAUCCCUUGUUGGAGCAGAUGAAUAUUAUCAGAGGAUACAUCAAGGAAGCCAGGAAGGAGCUUAGGUUUGAAGAGGUUGGUAUUCACUCUUGAGUAAGUUAGUACCAGAUACAGGUGGAGCGUGAGCGAAUGACGCGUGAACCAGUUUUGGAGGCGGGGCCUAGCUCGGGCGCUGAUAACAACCAACACGAUGAUGACGACCCCUUGUUGGAGCAGAUGAAUAUCAUCAGAGGAUAUAUUAAAGAAGCC